AUGAUUAAUGAGGGAAAAAGCAAUUCAAUUCUGGUUAGUGGGGAGAGUGGUGCUGGUAAAACUGAGACGACUAAGAUGCUUAUGAGAUAUCUUGCCUACUUGGGAGGACGAUCUGGAGUAGAAGGAAGAACAGUUGAACAACAAGUUCUGGAGUCCAACCCUGUUCUUGAAGCAUUUGGUAAUGCAAAAACAGUUAGGAACAACAACUCAAGUCGUUUUGGUAAAUUUGUGGAAAUCCAAUUCGACAAGAAUGGGAGAAUAUCUGGGGCUGCUAUCAGAACUUAUCUACUUGAAAGAUCUCGUGUUUGUCAAAUUUCUGAUCCAGAAAGAAACUACCAUUGCUUUUACCUUCUUUGUGCUGCACCACCUGAAGAUAUUGAGAAAUACAAAUUGGGAAGCCCUAAAUCUUUCCAUUAUUUAAAUCAAUCAAAUUGUUAUGAGUUGGAUGGUAUAAAUGAUGCUCAUGAGUAUCUUGCAACGCGAAGGGCUAUGGAUAUAGUUGGAAUUAGUGACCAAGAACAGGAGGGAAUUUUUAGGGUUGUGGCUGCAAUUCUUCAUCUUGGAAAUGUUAGUUUUGCCAAGGGACAGGAGAUAGAUUCCUCAGUUAUCAAGGAUGAAAAGUCUAGAUUUCAUCUUAAUAUUGCUGCAGAACUUCUCAGGUGUGAUGUCAAGAGCUUGGAAAAUGCCCUGAUUAAACGUGUAAUGGUUACACCAGAAGAAAUUAUCACAAGGACUCUUGACCCUGAAAAUGCUGUUGCUAGCAGGGAUGCUUUGGCAAAGACGAUAUAUUCUCGCUUGUUUGACUGGCUUGUGGAUAAAAUUAAUGUUUCAAUUGGACAGGAUUCAAACUCAAAAUCAACAAUUGGAGUUCUUGAUAUCUAUGGUUUUGAAAGCUUUAAGUGCAAUAGUUUUGAGCAGUUCUGCAUCAAUUUCACAAAUGAAAAACUACAGCAACAUUUCAAUCAGCAUGUGUUUAAAAUGGAGCAGGAAGAGUACACCAAAGAGGAGAUAAACUGGAGCUACAUUGAGUUUAUUGAUAACCAGGAUAUGUUGGACCUAAUUGAGAAGAAACCUGGAGGAAUAAUUGCGCUUUUAGAUGAAGCCUGCAUGUUUCCCAAGUCUACACAUGAAACAUUUGCGCAAAAGUUGUAUCAGACAUUCAAAAAUCAUAAACGCUUUAGCAAACCAAAACUUUCACGCACUGAUUUCACGAUAGUGCACUAUGCAGGGGAGGUAAAUUAUCAAUCCAAUCAUUUUUUGGACAAAAACAAAGAUUAUGUGGUGGCUGAACAUCAAGCUCUGUUGAAUGCCUCAAAUUGCCCCUUUGUAGCUGGCCUAUUCCCACCAUUGCCAGAAGAAUCAUCAAAGUCAUCAAAGUUCUCUUCCAUUGGUUCACGCUUUAAGCUACAACUUCAAUCUUUGAUGGAGACCUUGAGUGCAACUGAACCUCACUACAUUCGAUGUGUGAAGCCAAAUAAUGUCCUGAAGCCUGCUAUUUUUGAGAAUUUCAACAUCAUCCAACAAUUACGAUGUGGUGGUGUUCUUGAGGCAAUUAGAAUUAGCUGCGCGGGAUAUCCAACCAGGCGAACCUUUUAUGAGUUUCUUAAUCGUUUUGGAUUACUUGCUCCUGAAGUUUUGGAUGGAAACUAUGACGAUAUGGUUGCAUGCCAAAUGAUUCUUGAUAAAAAGGGACUGAAAGGAUACCAGAUAGGCAAGUCAAAGGUCUUCUUGAGAGCAGGUCAGAUGGCUGAGUUGGAUGCUAGGAGAGCAGAAGUGCUUGGCAAUGCAGCCAGAACCAUUCAAAGGCAAAUUCGCACUUACAUUGCUCGCAAGGAGUUCAUUUCAUUGCGUAAAGCUUCUAUCUAUUUGCAAUCUUAUUUAAGAGGUAAUGUAGCCCGACAACUGUAUGAGCAAUUGAGGCGAGAAGCUGCAGCUUUGAAGAUCGAGAAGAAUUUCCGUCUCUUCAUUGCCAGGAAAUCCUAUUUAAGAGUGAAGUCAUCCGCAAUUACAUUACAGACAGGCUUAAGGGCGAUGACUGCACGAAAAGAAUUUAGGUUCCGGAAGCAAACUAAAGCUGCCACCAUCAUUCAGACGUCUUCAGAAGGCAAUAAUAGUUUCUCAGUGUGGCUGGAGAUGCAGAGUUGCAAGAAGAGAGCUCAGAAUGCUCAAAAUGGUCGGCUUUUAACACAGGACAUUGUCCUGUUAAUUUCUGCUGCUAGAGAGACAGGGGCUCUUAAAGAAGCAAAGGAUAAGCUGGAAAAGCGUGUAGAAGAACUUACAUGGCGUUUGCAAUUGGAAAAGCGAUUAAGGACUGAUCUUGAGGAGGCAAAAGCCCAGGAAGUUGCCAAGUUGCAGGAUGCAUUGCAUGGCAUGCAAGUACAGGUAGAAGAAGUGAAGUCUAUGGCUGUUAAAGAACGAGAGGCAGCUCGAAAAGCCAUUGAAGAAGCACCCCCAGUCAUUAAGGAAACCCCCGUCAUGGUUCAAGACACAGAAAAAGUCAAUUCAUUGUCAGCUGAGGUUGAAAAGUUGAGGUCUUCAUAUGGUGAAAUUGUGGAAGUUUGCCAGGCGCAGUUGCUCUCAAAAACUCAAAUCACUGACGAGGCAAAACAAGCUUAUGCUGUUGCUCAGGCCACAAAUGAGCAACUAACCAAGAAGCUUGAAGAUGCUGAGAAGAAAGCGGAUCAACUCCAAGAUUCAGUUCAGAGAUUAGAAGACAAGGUGUCUAAUUUAGAAUCAGAGAAUCAAGUACUUCGUCAACAAGCCCUCGCUAUAUCACCAACUGCCAGAGCUUUAACAGCGAGACCUAAGACAACAAUCAUUCAAAGGAGCCCAGAGAAUGGAAAUGUUCAAAAUGGAGAAGCAAAGAAAGCACCAGUAAGAGAUUCAAUACCUGCUCUACCUAACUCUCGAGAAGCUGAAAAUGAGGAUAGGCCCCAGAAAUCUCUUAAUGAGAAGCAGCAGGAGAACCAAGACCUCCUAAUUAAAUGCGUUUCACAAGAUCUAGGAUUCAGUGAGGGCAGACCUGUUGCUGCUUGUAUGAUAUACAGAUGCCUUAUCCAGUGGAGGUCAUUCGAAGUUGAAAGAACAAGUAUUUUUGACCGUAUCAUUCAAACAAUAGGUUCAGCGAUUGAGGUCCAAGAAAACAAUGAUAUAUUGUCUUAUUGGUUAUCAAAUUCAUCCACACUAUUGUUGCUACUACAACGCACCCUAAAAGCAAGUGGAGCAGCAAGCUUAACUCCACAACGGAGAAGAUCAACAUCAACUUCAUUGUUUGGAAGGAUGUCCCAAGGGCUGCGUGGUUCACCACAAAGUGCUGGGUUCUCAUUCCUUAAUGGUCGGAUGCUUAGUGGACUGGAUGAAUUGCGACAAGUCGAGGCUAAAUAUCCCGCUUUGCUUUUCAAACAGCAAUUAACAGCUUUUCUUGAAAAGAUAUAUGGCAUGAUUAGAGAUAACUUAAAAAAAGAGAUUUCCCCUUUGCUUGGCUUGUGCAUCCAGGCUCCCCGGACGUCGCGAGCGAGUUUAGUCAAGGGGCGCUCUCAGGCCAAUGUUGUAGCUCAACAAGCUCUCAUUGCUCACUGGCAAAGCAUAGUAAAAACUCUAAAUAAUUGCCUAAAGAAUAUGAGAGCCAACUAUGUUCCCUCCUUCUUAGUCAAGAAGGUGUUCACUCAGAUAUUUUCAUUUAUCAAUGUUCAAUUAUUUAACAGUCUUCUUUUGCGGCGUGAAUGCUGCUCAUUUAGCAAUGGGGAAUAUGUAAAGGCAGGGUUAGCUGAGUUGGAACAGUGGUGCCACAAUGCAACAGAGGAGGUGCUUAGCAUACAGCAAUUAUACAGGAUCAGUACUAUGUACUGGGAUGACAAGUAUGGCACCCACAGUGUAUCUUCAGAUGUAAUUUCAAGCAUGAGAGUUAUGAUGACUGACGACUCAAACAAUGCUGUGAGCAGUUCUUUCUUAUUGGAUGAUGACUCGAGCAUUCCAUUCACAGUGGAUGACAUUUCGAAGUCCAUGCAACAAGUUGAAGUUGUUGAUAUUGAUCCUCCACCUCUAAUCCGUGAAAACUCAAGUUUUUCAUUCUUGUUACAACGUGCAGAAUGA